AUGUUUAGCGGAAUUACUGGAGGAGCCAAAUCCUCACUGAAGAACAUCGGCAGCAAAGCGGAAGGGCUGUUCGAUAAGAAGAAGAAGGAAGCGCAGGAUCUGGCCAACGAGAAGGUCCAGGCAGCGUCCAGCCUGGCCGAGGAGCAGGCGAAGAAAACGCAGGAAUCCUUCAGCAAAACCAAAUCCGACGCGGAAGCUUUGGCAUCGUCGGCCGCCGGUGAAGUUAAUGCCACAAAGGAGCAAGCGUCAGCGGUCGCUGAAACAACGUCGCAGGCCGCUGGUACGCUGAUGGACCAUGCCAAGCAGGCAGCCGAAAAUGCCAUACAGCAGAGUGCGGUCGUGGUGGAGCAAGCGGUCGAAGAGCAAAUGAAGGUGGCGGAACAGAAGGUGGAUGAGGGUAUGAAACGGGCAAGCGAAGAGGUGGAUCGGAAACUGCAGGAAGCGAACCGGGUGGCCGAUGAGAAGCGUGGUGAGCUGGAGCAGAAAGUAAACGAUGUCGCAGCGAAGGCACAAGAGUCGGCCACGGCCAGUGCGACUGGAUUGCUGGGCAAGCUGAACCUCGGAAAGUAA